CGAUUACGGAUUACUAUAGGCGAUUUUCAGCCUGGAAUGAUUAUUAAUCGGAACGACAAUUGACAACGUCGACAAUGACAAUCGUUCUUAUUUCAGGAUUGUCAAUUAAUUAAUAAUUUCGCUCGUUCUUCGUUCUGUCCAUGUCUAUGUAUAUUUCUCUCCAAAUCUCCAAUUGAAGUCAACAAGAAAUAAUUAUAAAUAUUUUGAAAAUAGGUGUUAAUCAAUCCAAAAAAAUAAAACAUGAAAUAGUGUUAUAAUGGGCUACGAAGUGACUCGGUUCCAAGGCGAAGUGGACGAUGAACUAAUUUGUCCCAUUUGCUCUGCUGUUUUUGAGGACCCCAUACAGGCUCAUGAAUGUGAGCAUAUAUUCUGCAACUCUUGCAUUACCCGGUGGAUUUCUGAGCAACCAACUUGCCCAGUGGACAGGAAGCCUUUAACUGCUUCUCUGUUAACUCCAGUGCCUAGGAUCUUAAGAAAUUUACUCGCAAAACUUACGAUAAGUUGCGAUAACGCUGAAUAUGGCUGCUCACGCACUUUAGGCCUGGAGACCUUGACUGCUCACUUAAAAGAAUGCCUCCACAACCCCAAAAGACCUGUUGUAUGCGACCAGGGCUGUGGCCUUAUAGUCCCAAAGGAUGAACUCAAAGACCAUAAUUGUAUAAGAGAAUUGCGUACUCUGAUUACCAAACAACAACAGCAAAUGGAUGGGUAUCAGCAUGAGGUUCACGAAUUGCAUUUUUUUAUUAUGGAGCAACGACGAGAUAUGCAAGUGUUGAAAGACUUUCUUAGGUCUCUAAAAAUGUCUCACCCUUCGGUGAGGGCAAUGGCUGAAGCCAUGGAAAGGGACCAACAAGAGAGAGAAGUUUUACGUUGGAGUAAUUCACUGCAAAGGGCGCGAGUUACACGAUGGGGUGGCAUGAUAUCUACCCCCGAUGAAGCGCUGCAACGAAUGAUUAAAAGGACUUUGACGGAAAUCGGGUGCCCAGAUUACAUUUUGGAGGAUUUAAUGGGGAACUGUCACGAGUGUCGAUGGCCUCCUGGAUUGAGCACAUUGGAAACGCGCCAGAGUAACAGAAGACAGUAUGAGAAUUAUGUUUGUAAACGAGUGCCAGGUAAGCAGGCCGUCUUGGUACUACAAUGCGACAAUCCACACAUGAAUGACGAUCUGAUGAACGUACCGGGACUGGUAAUGAUUUUUGCCCACGGAGUCGAAUAGAUCCUUUUUUCUGCUACAUUCCUUUCCCCAAGUAUUUAAAUAAUUUAGAAUUGUGUGCUAUUUAAAAAAUAAUGAGGAUCUCUGUUUUUACUUUUGCUGAAUUAUAAUUCAUUAUUAUUAAAUUGUGUAAC